AUGGCCGAGUCUUCCCUUCCCGCUACGCUAAAUGGCGUUUUCACAGCACCACUUAAAGACCAAUAUGACCCUGUUCGUUUGGUAUCAAACAAUAUCGUUCCUGUUCUCGAGCUGCCUCUAGCAAAGAAGGUUUUAGGCCACGACGCUUCGGACAGUGAACUCUUAACCAAGGUUGCUCAAGCUGAGAUCUCCUUUACGACAUUCGUUGCCGACCAGGCACGCGCCGCCCUCCAAACCUCCCACGAUGACUCAACUAUUGAGCAAACACAGUCGCAGCUCCUACACAUUGGUCUGGCAGCUCUUUUCAGCUUCCUACAGUCCAACGUGACCGGCCCACCACUGGAGUUCAACUCGGCUGAAACCGUUCUCCCCGCUAAACUGAGAGGCGACGUGCCCACCAUCCGAGCCCUUCGCGCCAAAAUCAUCCGGGAUCUUUCCGUCGAUGGAGAAGCGGCCUAUAAGUUGACUCCCAAUGCGGAGUUGUUCUCCGUUGCUAAGGCACUGUUGGUGGAUGCGAACAACGAGGGCUCGGUGGUUGCAAAGACCGCACGGAUGCGCACCAACUUCCUCCAUCAGAAGAUGCUUUCAGAGGUCACCAGCACCCUGCAAGAUACGAUAUACAAGGACCUCGAGGAGCUGGUGAAGGUGGAGCUCAACUCAUACGAACUGGGCGGUUUCUUGGUGGAGCGCGCCAUUAUCAACACACACCACGGCUUCGAUGCCAAGGCCCGUGCUGAUCUUGACCAGGCGGCCCAAGUUCGCAACUUCGAGUUUGCCCUAACCGGACAGCUAGGAAAGCGGACAAAAUUCCAGGACCGGGAUCUCAGUCAGCUUGUGGUUCUGGCAAAGAGUUCCGAUGAAGAGCAAUCCAAGACUACUACCCCCUCCGGCCCUAAAAACCUGGAUUUGAAUGAUGAUACCCUCCUCGAAGCCAUCUCCUUUGCCGAUAAGAAAUCCUCAACUGUGUCCGAGGAGCUUUCUCCAGCUCUGCAAUCUGUUGAUGCCAAUAACCAGCCCAUUCUUAGUCCUGUGGACUCGGCUAUUUUGCUCGCCGUGGCAUCCGCAAUCACCAACACCGCUCCGGAGAACGGUCUCACGCGCGAGGAGACACAGCCUUACGCUGCACGAGUAUUGGAGGGUGGCAGUUCCAACUGGCAAAUUUACACUCAGGCAUUGCUGGUUCGUAGUCGUGUUGAAGGUUUCCGUUCACGUACAGUUGAGCGAUCUGUGUUGCAAAUGCAAGCUCUUGUUGAUCAAGUCAUUGCCGAUACUGCAACGAAUGACUCGGCGGCUCAACAGCCCUCGGCAGAUCCCACAACCUUCUUGCCUCGACCAGAGGUCUCCGAGUCAGCCUCUGCCUCCGAUCGUUUAGAGUACAUUUGGAUCAUGAACUUUUCCACCCGAUGGGAUCUGGAGGCCGAGCUGGCCAAGCGUUGGGUUGACUUGGGUGGUCUCCGUACUGCGUUGGAAAUCUACGAGAGACUUCAUAUGUGGGCUGAAGCAGCACUCUGCUACGCUGCCACUGACCGCGAGCUUAAGGCCAAGAGUAUGGUACGACGCGAACUCUUCGAGCCCGUGGGAGAUGAUAAGGAUGAUGAAAACGAGCUAUUUGAGGGACCAGAACUUGCAACUUUGCCCGCAGAUGCCCCGCGUCUGUUCUGUAUUCUAGGAGAUAUCGACCACGACGAGAAAAUGUACGAGCGCGCAUGGGAGGUUUCAGGCGAACGAUAUGCUCGUGCUCAACGAUCAUUGGCACGCCAUUAUCUGGGCCUAACACCGCCAAACUUGGAAAAGGCCGAGGCUGCCUACAAAAAGAGUCUGCACAUCAACCGUCUCAACCACAGUGCGUGGUUUGCUGUCGGAUGUGUCCAGCUUGAGCUUGAACGCUGGGAAGAUGCUACCGAGUCUUUUACCCGCACUGUGCAACUAGAUGAUACCGAUGGAGAGGCAUGGAGUAACCUGGGAGCUGCCAUGCUGCGCUCUUCAGCACCCGAGGAGGGUCCUGAUACCGUGACCGAUGACAGCGCCGAAGAAAAGGCCGCACUCGAAAAGGAUCCCUACAGACGCAAACGCGAAGCCUUAUCUGCGUUGCAACGUGCCGCCGCUCUGAAACACACCGAUGCACGUGUGUGGGACAACGUGUUGACCGUGGCUGCAUCCAUCCCACCGCCCGCCACACCAUUCCGCGAUGUCAUCACAGCCCAGAAACGAAUCAUCGAGCUACUUGGUUCCAAGAGUGGCGAGAAGUGCGUCGAUAUCCCGAUUCUGGCCAUGCUUGUUGAGUUCCUCACCACGGCCUUUGAGUACAAGGACUUCCUUAUCGAAUCGGACUCCGGUCCGGUUUUCCGUUCCGGUACGAUCCCGGGCCAGAUUCUCUCGCUCGUCGAUGAUAACGUUGUCCCGCUCAUUACCCACUCUUCUACAUUAUGGUUGAUCGUUUCCCGAGUUGAAAUGUUCCGCAGCCGCCCCAGCCGUGCAAUGGAAGCCCACGAGAAGGCAUGGCGUGCUACCGUUGCUUCUUGUGCGCAGGGUGCUUUCCAGAUGGGUGAUGAAAAGCCCUGGCUCCAAGUUGUUCGGGCUACUGAGAAACUUGUUCAUGAUGGGUAUGCCAAGUACGGCCCCAUGGACCGGGAAGACCAGAACUUGGAAGGUGACGCGGAGCCAGAGAUGGUUGCCAGUGACUGGCGAUUCAAGGCCAGAAGUGCUGUGCGUGGUAUCUUGGGCAAGGGCAAGGACUUCUGGGAGGAUUCAGAAGGCUGGACUCGCUUGAAGGAACUGCAAAGCGAGGUUACUGGCAAUUAG